AUGAAGAGUAGGAAGAUCCGCAGGAAGGCACUCCAAGAUCUUUCCGCCUUCCUGCAGAAGAUCCAGGAAUCUCCAUCGGUAGCGCUUUCUGCAUCCUCCCUUGGCCAACUGGUGGCGAUUUCCUGCCUUUGUGCGUUGGAUCCAGACCCGGAGAGCAGGCAGCGGGCAGCAGAGGCCCUCUGCCAUCUUCUGCCCAUCCUGCGGCACAACGAAGAGCUGAGAAGGUCCUCAAAUCCACCAGAGGACCAGUUGUUCGUGAAUAAUUGUUACCAUCUUGCCAGGGUCUUUGGCGCCUUUCUCCCUGCGGAGCAGCUCUUGGAGGCCAUGUGCUUCCUGGCCAGAGACCUGGUUGUCGAGAGCAGCUUCAACCCACUGGAUAUCUCCCACUUACUGCAAGAAUUCAUCAAGCAGUUUGGCGGCACAAAAGUGGAGGUGAAGGUGCUGCUGGAGGCCUUCUAUAAGAUCAGCCAGGGGCCUACAGUGCAAGGCAGAAGAAUGGCCGCCUUCGCUUUGUCCAUAUUGUCACACCACCACCUGGCGACAGUGGUUGAAUACCUCCUCCAGUUUCCCUUCGGAGACUGCGAGAGAGUGUGGAAGGAGGUUUUAGCAUCGGCCGAUCCAGAACAACUGAUCCAUCUCACGGCCGAGCAGCUUUACCAAAGCCCCUUGGCGGAAUCUGCCACCGAAGUGGGAUUCCUGUAUUCUGCAGAAAAGCAGGGAAAGCGUCAGGCAGAAGAACUGAGGGCGGAAAGAGGGACCCGGCGUGACCCAAGGCACCCAAAAUACAUUGAGCUGUACAUUGUUGUGGACGAGAAGCUGUUUCAGUUUGAAGGUGCCAAUGAAACCAGGAUGGCAUACCUCAUUUUGGACAUAGUUAACUUAAUGGGUGUGCACUUCCGGGAGCUGCACACAAGUAUUGUCCUGAUUGGACUGGAGAUCUGGAACACAGGCAGCCCUUUCGAGGUUACAAAUGAGGUUGGGUUGCUUCUGAAUAAUUUCAACAGCUGGAGAGUGAACGGUCUUGCGAAGUGGAUGAAGCACGACACAGCCCUGUUGCUCACUCACCAGGAGUUCGAGCACACCCUCGGGAAGUCAUAUGGUAAUGCCAUCUGCAGGCCAAGCUAUUCUGCAGGGGUUUUGAGCUACUUGCAGAAGAAUCCAAUUCUCUUUUCAAGGGCCAUGUCCCAUGAGUUGGGUCAUCACAUGGGGCUUGAACACGACGAAUCCAACUGUGUUUGUGGAGGAUACAAAACCUGUGUCAUGCAUUCGUACAAGGCAGAAACGAACAAGUUCAGCAACUGCAGCAUUCACACUUUUGCAGAACUUGUGCUGGAAGGGAACCUGGACUGCCUGAACAACAGGCCCCAAAAGAUACCAUCUAUCAAGCAUUGUGGCAAUGGAGUGUUGGAUAAGGGAGAAGAAUGCGACUGCGGCGGCACGCAGAGGUGCAAGCAGAAUCUUUGCUGCAACCCUGACUGCACCUUGAAGCCACGUGCACAAUGCUCUUCUGGGCCAUGUUGUAAAAACUGUCACUUCCUUCCAAGUGGAGACCUUUGUCGAAUUCAGAUCAAUGAGUGUGACCUUCCUGAGUACUGUAGUGGGAAAUCUGAGUGGUGCCCCAAUGAUGUGUACAUGCAAGACGGGACGCCAUGCAGCAAACUCGAUUCCCAUUGUUAUGCCAAGCAGUGUUGGACUCACAACUACCUGUGCGCCAGGAUCUUUGGCUAUGGAGCCACAGCGGCUCCAGCAUCCUGCUUUCAGUCUCGGAAUAGUGUGGGGGAUGCGUAUGGCAACUGUGGCAGGGAUUGGACAGGAGGUACUUUUGUGAAAUGCCAGCCUCAAGACGUAAAGUGCGGGAGAGUUCAGUGUACCAACGUCAGAAACAUACCUUCAAUGCCACACUAUGCCGUGACUCCCACUGAGUUGUCAGGCACUAGCGCUAGCUGCUGGAGUGUGGCCUACCAUGGCGGGACAGAUUUUGUGGAUCUCGGAAUGGUGCCUGAUGGCACUCCAUGUGGCCCUGGGAAACUCUGCAAGAACCAUACGUGCAUUUUCAGGAAGAAGGCAGUGUGUGAUCCCAACAAAAAGUGCAAUGACAGAGGUGUUUGUAACAACCUCAAUAACUGCCACUGCAACAGUGGCUGGGCCCCUCCAAACUGCAUGUUUUGGGGGUCUGGGGGAAGCAUCGAUGGUGGGUAUCCAAGGCAGAACUGGAGCACAAAAGUCGUGAAACGAACUUUUGAAACAGUGAUCCCUCUAGGAGUCCUGGUUCUUGCCGCUAUCACUUUUAUUGUGCCAAGGCUGCGGAAGCUACCAGAAUGGUGUAGGCAAUUCACCAGCUCACGGGUUGGAGGGAAUCUGCAAGGCAGCAGCCUAGAUGUUGACAAAGUUGAUUCCUGUCGCGUUUGCAAAGUAAAGGAAGGAUUGAACUCUACAGAUUCCAAAGAGUAAUGCUUGUGGACAUUUCAAGGCAUCCUUGGACCUCCUGUUAAGACAUCGACUGCACUCCAAAGCAUCUAUAAUAAAGCAGAGGUUGGUGGCAAGUGGACUCCAGUUCCCAUCAUCCCUGGCUGUUGACCAUGCUGUGCCAGUGGCUGAUGGGAACUGUAGUUCAGCCAUAUGUCGGGGCGGCGCACAUGCUCCCUCAUCCCAGAAAUAAAUUUCCCCUGUAUAUAGUCCUUAUAAUAGGAGCAAUUGUAAUACGGUCUUUGCUCUAAUAAAAUUUGCAUUUUCCCCCA